AUGUCGUUCAACUUCCUAACGGGACAAAUCCCAUCUGGUCUAGGAAAUCUGACUAAAUUGUCUAAAUUGUACCUCUUUUUAAACAAUCUUACAGGUUCAAUCCCACCAACGUUAGGAAAUUCCAGCUCUUUAAGAAGUUUAUAUUUAUAUAUGAACAAACUUUCGGGCCGAAUUCCUGAUGAAUUAGGAAACAUGAAGAAUCUGGUUAUGUUACAUUUCGGCCACAAUCAGCUCACGGGUUCCCUCCCGGUUUCACUUGGAAACCUGACCAAGUUAAAAAUGCUGGAUGUUCAUGAAAACUUACUUUCUGGCAUUGUCCCACCACAACUCGGAAAAUUGGAGUCUUGGAUUGAAUUAUCCUUCAGUCACAACAAGUUUAGUGGUCAAAUCCCGGUUUCUAUUGGAAAUCUAAGUAGAUUAGAGCUGUUUUAUCUUAAUGACAACCAAUUUAACGGUUCUAUUCCUAAGGAUGUGAAAAAUUUAAACUCUGUUGUUGAAAUGCUCUUGCACCUCAAUCAGCUAAGUGGUCCUAUCCCAGAUUCACUUGGUAACCUAAAACAGCUGGAGGAAUUUACGGUUAAUGACAAUAAUCUAUCGGGUUAUUUUCCUGAAACAAUAGGCAAAUGUAAAAAUCUAAGUUAUCUGAUUUUAAGUGAUAACUUGCUAGUGGGCCCCGUCCCUAAAUCCAUUUGCAAGUUGAGAUCCUUAACGAUUCUUUGUCUUGGGAAUAACCAGCUUAGUGGCAGGAUUCCGCAAUGCCUGAGUAACCUUAGCCACGAGCUCCAAGUUUUGGAUCUACGAAUGAACCGCUUUCAUGGAAACAUUCCUGCAACAUUUUUGAAGCAGAAUAACAAUUUAAAGUCUCUCAACUUGAACGGAAAUCGACUUCAAGGGUCGAUUCCUAGGACUUUGGUGAGUUGUAGGAAUCUUGAAGUUCUGAACUUGGGAAACAAUAUGCUAACUGGUGGAUUUCCACACUGGAUCGAUAUCCUUCCAGAGAUGCAAGUUCUUGUCUUGAGGGGUAAUAAACUCAAUGGGACACUACUCGCAUCCAACACCACAACCCCGUUUCAAAAGCUACGAAUUCUUGAUCUAUCUAGCAACGAGUUUUCUGGUCUACUACCAUCAAAUUACUUCAAGAACUUUAAAGCAAUGAUGGCCGUAGAGAAAGCUGCAUCAGGAGAUCUAUACAUGGGCGAAAAUUACAUGUAUGAUUACACAGUGGUGCUAGUGGUGAAAGGAUUGAGUUUGGAACUACAGAGAAUAUUGGUCAUCUACACAAGUAUAGAUCUUUCGGAUAACAAUUUUGAAGGGGAAAUACCUGACCCAAUUGGACAACUCAGAUCACUUCUGUUUCUCAAUCUAUCGCAUAACAGUCUCUCCGGUAGUAUACCGACACACUUGAGCAACCUCGUACAGCUUCAACAUUUAGAUCUUUCUUCUAACAAGCUGGUAGGGGACAUUCCUCAACAGCUUACAAGUCUGACAUUUCUUGUAGAUGUAAACUUUUCACAAAAUCAGCUAAAAGGAGCCAUUCCUAAAGGUGGGCAGUUCAAUACGUUUGGAAUUAGCUCAUUUCAAGGGAACAAUGGAUUAUGUGGAUUCCCAUUGACAAAGAAGUGUGGAGAUGAUGACGUGUCACCCUCUCCGACACUUGACGUUGAAGAUGAAGAUGAAGAUGAUACUUUCUUUUAA